AUGAAUCGUGUUCUCCCACUUCUGCGUCCUGACGAUGUUCAAGUGGAAAGUGCAAUUCCAUCUUCAAAUCGCCCAAAACGCCGAACAACUGCCGCCGCAAUCGAUCAAACAGUGAAUUCUACGCAAAAUAACACACCGGCUAAAGUUAGGGUAAGUAUUAUCGAAAAGCUCCACGGAAAUAAACACGCAACGCAGACCGCGUCGCGUCACAACACAAGGUCUCUCCCUUUUUGUGUGUGUUGUGACGCGGCGCGGUCUGCGUUGCGUGUUUAUUUCGGUGGAGCGCACAGAGUGUAAUUUACUACCCGAAAAAUUUCGCGCAUUUUUGAGACCUGACACGAUUUUAGGGGUGGGACUAAAAUCGACGAAAUUCAGCGCAAAAACGAGAGAUUUAGAGAAAAAUGAUUUUUGAUCUACCCAAAAAUUAAUGAAAAAUUUGAGGUCUAGCGAUUUAAGGUAGUAAAUUACACCCUGUGCAGCGCGUGAACAAGAAGUUCAUCAUUUUUUUUCCAGCAAGGAAGUCUAUCUACAAAUCUCCGACGCUAUGGAAGUAUGGAAGAACCAGACCUGCCCACAAAGAAAUUCGAUGAUAGCAGCAGUGAAGACGAAUCCAAGAAAUCCAGCAAGAAAACGAGUCCGAAGAAGAGUUCUUCUCGAAAACCAUCGCUUGCUCGAGCAUUGUCGCCAGCUUUUAUCGAUAUUCAAGAAUCCGAUGAGCAGCAAUUGCCGAAAAUGACAAAUCCAACAACUAGAAAAUGGUGA